CCAAAUCUGUUGCACCACCCUUUUGUCGCUGGACCCCCUUUUCGGUCACCCGAAUCGAGCUCGAAGGAGAAACAACGCCAUGAUCAUAAGCUUUUGGCGCUUCGCGCGGAUGUCUUGGAUCCGCAUUGGGCCCCCUCCCCUGGCGGCGCCUGGCGGCGCCUCCGGGCGCCGCCUCUGGCGCGCUCCGCGCGCCAGGGAGGGGGGACCAGCGCAGAUCCAAGGAAUCCGCGCGGACCUCCAAAAGUUUGCGUUCAUGGCGUUGUUGGUUCCUCUACGAGUCCGCCAGGACUCGGGUCGGCCGACGCAUUUUGACGGGCCUGUCCUGGAGUUUGACGGUCCAGUUUUCCUGGCAUGUCGGCAGCGGGAGCUCGCGUCCAAUUGCAGACUUGGUCUCGCCACUUUUCUCGACGGCCCCCUCGGGCCAACCCGAGUCCCCCGAACCCCAGUCUUACGUCUCCCCGGUCCAGCGCAGGCGCGAAGGGCACAGUGGUCCGCCGAGACGAAUCCGCCGGCGAGGGCACCCAGUACCUGGCCCACGAGGAGCUGCAGCCGCUCGCUCCCGCGCAGGAGGGCGAGGACUUCCUGAGCGACGUGCUCAGGCGCCUGUCGGCGAGCGACGACUGGUCACUCCAGUUUGGAGCCAUCGACGAUGCCCGCAGGAUCGCCCGCUUCGCGCCUCGCGUUCUAGCUUCUAGCGGCCAGAUUCGCAAGCUCGUGGGAUCGAUCGCAUCCCUGGUGGAGUCCCUCCGUUCGUCCCUGGCGAAGAAUGCUCUACGGUGCAUGGGCGAGCUCUUCGCCACACUCGGCAAGAGGCUGGACCAGUACCUGGACGCGUUUCUUCCUGUCGUGCUCAAGCGUGGGGCGGACACGAACGUGUUUAUCUCCGACGAGGCGGAGGCAACACUCAGGGAGGUCUGCCAGCAUGCCAGCGAGGCGAAGGUGUUGACGCCUGCGCUGGCGGCGGCCUCAAACCGCCAUCCAAAGAUACGUGUUCAAGCGUUGUCGUGCUUGGCCAUGUUAGCACAACGACUGCGUGGGAAGGUUCCCACGGCACGCCAUUCGGUGCAAGCCAUUGUUGAGGCCACUGGUAAGGCCCUCGUCGACGCCAACGGUGACGUGCGGCAGCUGGCACGCGUGAUCGCCACCGUGCUGUCCACGGAGGCCGUGCUUCAGGAAUUACCUUCGAGUGCCAAGCUGAGUGCAUCAGCACUACCAGGUAUCGACCCCUUGAACUUCGAUGUCUUCGAUGUAGAUUCUGUGCUUCAGUAUACGGAGCUGACUCGGACUCAAGCGCUGAGUCCGCUUCGAGUGCGCAGCCCCAAAACGAUGCCUAUUCCGGUCCGAGUGCGGAGCCCGAGCCCGUGAUUUCGGCACGUGUUGAUGCCGGGGACGCGAGUGGCAGGACAGCCUCGUCUUUUACCGAUUCUUUGCUUGGCGGCUUGCUUUUCGCACGAUCUCACCCGUGAGGCGGAGGGGCACGAGCGCGGGCGGUUCUGCCACCCCCGCUGCCUGGCUUGCAUGUAACACUACCGUCGAGGUGCAGACGGAUGAAGUCCCGCCUAUUUCGGGACGGCAGGCUGAUGUAUCUUAGGUGCAGUGGAUCGGACUGUGGACGUGCCACCGCGGUGGAGUUUCCAUCGUCAGCCUCAGGCUGUGAUCCAGCUCCAACAUACCAUUCGUUGUCAGUCGGCUUCUUGACAA